CUCGCUCGCUCGCGGACGACCGAGCCCGAGGCCCGCCAACCUGCGGCUGCUACCCUCCCGCCGCGCGGCCCCGGUUCCCCGCGAGCACCGCGGCGGUGCCGGCCAUGGAGUAAGGAGGAGGAGGCGGCGUGGGAAGAGGAAGAUGGCGGCGGGCAAGAGCGGCGGCAGCGCGGGGAAGGCUAUUUUUCUGGAAGCUUUGGCUAGAUCAGAAUCUAAGAGAGAUGGAGGUUUUAAAAAUAAUUGGAGCUUUGAUCAUGAAGAAGAAAGUGAAGGAGAUGCAGAUAAAGAUGGGGCAAAUCUACUCAGUGUAGAAGAUGAGGAUUCUGAAACCUCAAAAGGAAAAAAGUUAAAUCAGAGAUCUGAAAUUGUGGCUACUAGUUCUGGAGACUUCAUCUUGAAGACUUAUGUAAAACGAAACAAAGCCGACAGCUUUAGAACUUUGAAAGGCAACCCAAUUGGACUUAACAUGUUAAGCAACAAUAAGAAACUGAGUGAAAAUACACAAGCUACAUCAUUAUGUUCUGGAACUGUAGUUCAUGGUAGACGCUUCCAUCAUGCUCAUGCACAGAUACCAGGUGUCAAAACGGCGGCUCAGAGCAAUCAGGACCGAAAAGAAAGGAAAGAAUAUCCACCUCAUGUCCAAAAAGCUGAAAACAACUCUGUAAUGUUAAGUCAUGUCCAAGGUGUAGACCGUAUAAUGAAGAAACCGGAAGAGUCGGAAUCAUAUGUAGAGCCUGAAAUUAAGAGGAAAGUACAACAGAAACGGCACUGUAGUGCUUACCAGCUGUCUCCACUGUCCCCUGUCUCAAAGAAGUGUUUGACCCAUCUAGAGGUAUCUGAACAGCGUGAACGUUGCCCAAAAUGUGGAAAAGAAAAAGAAAAUCAGACCAAAUGCCAAAGUUGUGGUAUUGUUUUUCAUAAUGAUUUGCAAAGAAAUUGCAGACAAGCUGUAACUUUGAAUGAACCAACUGGACCAUUAUUAAGAACGUCAAUUCAUCAUAGUUCUGGAGGACAGAAGUCACAAACAACAGGAUUAACAGCUAAGAAGUUUUAUGGUAACAGUGUGGAAAAGAUUCCAGUUGAUAUUUUGGUGACUUGUGAUGCUAGUAGACAUAACUACAUACAGACUAAUGGAAAAGUCAUUUUACCUGGGGGGAAAAUACCUAAAAUCACAAACCUGAAAGACCGAAAGACAAGCCUGUCAGAUCUAAAUGAUCCAAUCAUUUUGUCCAGUGAUGACGACGAUGACGACAGGACUCACAGAAGAGAGAGCAUAUCCCCACAGCCUGCUGACUCGGCAUGCUCUUCUCCGGCACCAUCUACUGGAAAAGUAGAAGCUGCAUUAAAUGCAAAUAUUUGCAGAGCAGAGCAGGAAUCUAGAAGCAAUCCAGCAGAAUCGGAGUUAAAUACAGUUGUCGUAUCAAGAAAAGCGAGAAUGAAGGACCAGCUGGGCAAUCCCAUCAGCACACCUUUAAAGCGUCGUAAAAUAAACACUCACGGAACUUUAAUUCACACUCUGUCACUGCCCCACUGCCAAAACUUUGAGAGUGUCAUUUUAAACUGCCGGAGUAUACGAGUUGGAACACAAUUCCGACUGUUGGUAGAGCCUGUAAUUUUUUCUUUAGAGUCAAUCAAGAUACAUCUAGAUGGACCAGAAAGUGAUCCUGUAGAGAUUAUUUUAAAUACCUCUGAUCUAACUAAAUGUGAAUGGUGUAAUGUCCGGAAAUUACCAGUAGUGUUUCUGCAAGCCAUACCAGCAGUUUAUCAAAAGCUGAGCAUGCAGCUGCAGAUGAAUAAAGAAGAUAAAGUUUGGAAUAAUUGUAAAGGAGUGAACAGGUUAACAAGUUUAGAAGAACAAUACAUUAUUUUAAUUUUUCAGACUGGCCUUGAUCCUCAGGCAAAUGUGGUCUUUGAAAGUAUCAUUACUGACAUUGGUAUAAAGAAUAAUGUUUCCAACUUUUUUGCGAAAAUUCCUUUUGAAGAAGCCAAUAGCAGACUUGUUGCCUGUACAAGAAGCUAUGAAGAGAGCAUCAAAGGAAAUUGUGUGCAAAAAGAGAACAAAGUGAAAACUAUGUCCUUUGAAUCUAAAAUACAACUUAGAAGCAAACAAGAAUUGCAGUUUUUUGAUGAGGAGGAAGAAGCUGGAGAGAGCCAUACCAUCUUCAUUGGCCCUGUAGAAAAAUACUUGGUGCUUGAAAAACUGAGGAAAGAAGAUGCUGACCGAAUUCAUAUAUUCAGUUCUUUUUUCUAUAAACGCCUUAAUCAGAGAGAGAGGAGAAAUGCUGAGACAACUAACCUAUCAAUACAACAAAAACGACAUGGGAGAGUGAAAACUUGGACCCGACAUGUAGAUAUUUUUGAGAAGGAUUUUAUUUUUGUACCCCUUAAUGAAGCUGCACACUGGUUUUUGGCUGUUGUUUGUUUCCCUGGUUUGGACAAACCAAAAUAUGAACCUAACCCUCAUUACCAUGAAAAUGCAGUCAUGCAAAAAAGUUCAGCUGCAGAGGACAGUUGUGUUUCUUCUGCCCGUGAAAUGGACAGUUGUUCACAGAACUCUUCUGCCAAGCCUGUGAUUAAGAAGAUGCUAAACAAAAAGCAUUGCUUAACUGUAACUGAGUCCAGUGCUGGACAGGAAGAAAGUGAGCCUUGUUAUCGGAGAAACACAUACAGUGUGAAAUGUAGUGUGAAAAAAAAAAAUCAUGCUAUAAGUGAAAACGAAGAAUCAAAUAAUGGAGAAUCUGCAUGCCAGGAAGUUACUGAUAGAACUAAAAGUGAGAAUGGCCUACAGGAUGAGUGUUUAAAUUCUGUACGUCAUCCAGAUGCCUUAAGCAAAAUCAGACUAAACUACGGUGAUCAGUCAGCUGAAGGUGGUAGAAUGCUUGAAGAUGAACUCAUUGACUUCUCAGAAGAUCAGGAUGACCCGGAUGAUAGCAGUGAUGAUGGCCUCCUUGCUGAUGAAAACUACAGUUCAGAAAUAGGACAGUGGCACCUAAAACCCACUAUCUGUAAACAACCCUGUAUCCUACUUAUGGACUCACUCAGAGGCCCAUCUAGGUCAAAUGUUGUCAAAAUCCUAAGAGAGUAUUUAGAAGUGGAAUGGGAGGUUAAAAAAGGAAGCAAAAGAAGUUUUUCCAAAGAUGUUAUGAGAGGUUCCAACCCAAAAGUUCCACAGCAGAACAACUUCAGCGACUGUGGCGUGUACAUACUGCAGUAUGUAGAGAGCUUUUUUGAGAAUCCAAUACUAAAUUUUGAGCUUCCUAUGAAUUUGGUGAACUGGUUUCCUCCUCCUAGAAUGAAAACAAAAAGAGAAGAAAUCCGAAACAUAAUUCUGAAGCUUCAGGAAGAGCAGAGUAAAGAGAAGCUGCUGAAGGCCCCUUCCUCAUCAGAGACAGCCUUUGGGGAAGGAGCUGAGCAGUAUGCCAGCAGUGUGUCAGAGUGACCAGGAGCUUCAGAGCUCACAUGGCGUGCAAUUUUGGUUACAGACAGUAAAGAGCCGACAUGCUCACUACUCAGAGGUUUGGGGAUGUUAAUGCUGUAAAAAUGUCACAUAAGUAAUUUCCAAAGGAGUAUGUAUUAAGUAAAAGUCUGUAAAUAUGUUAAUGAGGCCAAUUUUUCCAACAUUUAUAAUUAUUUUUUUCACUUUUAGGAAACCUUUGUUAUGUAUUUUCUGUUAAUAGUACUAAAACUGCAACUUCUAAACACAAAUAAACUAUUUAUAGGAGGAAAUGAUUAAUUUGAUAUUCUUUAGUGAACUUGUAUAAUUCCUCAGAGUGUGAUUUUAUUUCAUGGGAAUAUAUAUGUAUCUAUGUUUUUUUUUUUUUAACCUCUGUUCCAAAAUACUCAAAAAUGUGAAAAUAUAAUUGUCAGAGACAUUUUAAACUAAAAAUGCAUCUUUAUAUGCUUGCAUACAAGAAAAAUUAACAUCUUUUCAAUUCAUGCUCGUUGAGUUUGUUCAGAGAAACCCCAAAAUGUAAUAAAUAUUUAUAAUUGUACACAGAUACUUAAACACUAUUAAGAGCAAUCAAAGACAAUGCGCCUUGACUUCUCCUAGUGAAGUCUGACUAACUGCACUGGCACACACUCUGCGACUCAGGUGAACUCUGUCCUGGCCAGUGCAGCUGGAAUCUCAGACACCCAAUACAACCUUUGUAUUUACCGUACGGUAUGCUGCAGCCUGUGUGGUAGAACUAGUUAAGGAACAGUUUUAAUCUGCGUAAACACAGGAAUUCAAAUAGGAAUUUAUUUUUUGUAACUUCUGCUAUUUUUUCAUUAUUUUGUUCUCAUUGUUUUGAUAAAGUAUCAGACCGUUAGCUUGAGUUUUUCUGUGUAAAUUAUUUUAAAAUGCAAACAUCCUCUCUUUAAUUGCAUAGUGCAGCAAAAGGUCUUAUUUUGAGUUUUCCAUUUAGGUUGAGAAAAUGUGAGGCUAGGCCUGUAGUUCAGUAGAAUGCAUGCUUAACAAGCUGGAGGCCUCUUGUUUCAGUCCCCAGUAGCAAACAAAAGUAGAAAAAUGUGAAGCUUUUGAAGCCACAUUUGUAAUUCUUGUAGAGUUCGCUGGUAUAUGUAGAAACUAUUAUUUUCUCAAAUGAAUGGUAUCUAGUUCUUUCAGGCUAAGUGUAAGACUUAAAAUAUAUGUUUUAAGUCAUCUUUGUUAGUGAAUUUUUAAAUGCCCAUAUAACAAAAAAAAAAGUGAUAAUAAAAGGUCAUUUUAUCAUCUAUUUUAUUUCUAAUGUGGCCAUCUCUGGCACUGUGAGCCACAAUUUAGACUGUUAAUGAGUUUAGUGAGGUACUGGGAAAGAUUUGGCGUGGGGGAGAAUGGUAACAAAUAACUGGAGACUCUAGUGACAGAUGAAAAUAAGUGCAAGGAGAGUCACCAUUAGUGCCAUCAGCUGUGUGUGUCUGUUUUCCUUUGGCCUAGUUUAACUCUCUUGUUUCUUUUUAGGAAGACUUGACAACUGCUAGGCGGUGUAAUUAGCUCAGACAUGUAAGACAAGAGUUUUCUGAAAUUUUAUUCCUAACUGAAAAAGCCAAAAUGUUUUUGUUCUCUAGUGAAGACCAAAAAACAAAGCAAAGGAAUUAAAAAACAAAAACUUUAAUAGAAAGUAUAAACAAGAUUGGCAAACUUUAUUUUUUAAAUGAACUCUAUUUUGCCAAAAUUUGAGGGAACUGGGAAAGUUAGUGUAAGGACCAGGUGUACUGGCACAUGGCAUUUAAUGCCACCUGCUUAGGGGCUGAGGUACUUAACCACUUGACCCUGAGUUCAAGGUCAGCCCGCAGUGUGGUGAGACACUGUCUCAAACUAAAACUAUCCUAAAAACUUGUGGUGGGUUUUUUUGGUGUUUUUUUUUUUUUUUUUAAUUCUUAAUAGCUAUAUUUUAUAGUGUUAGAUAACUUGUUAAGUUAAAAUUACAGCUUGUUUCUAUGGCUAAUUCUAGUCAAUAUUUUUUGUUUCAACAUGAAAAAUAAAGAUUGUAUAAAUAGUUUAAAGUGGAGAUCUACCUAAGAUGUGAUUAGCACAAGCAGUGUGACAGAACUUGGAAGUCAGAAGUCUGUCAUUGACACCAGAACUGCAUGAGGCUAUCUGGUGACUUCACUAAUUAGAUAGCACUGCUGUAUUGGUUUUCUUGUUGGAUAGAAUAACAGCUAAUCAUUUUUAGAAGAGUUUUAGAUUACUUGCCAUAAAAUUUGUAUGUGUCUGAGCUCCUGGUAGUUCAGGGGAAAGGUGGUGGUUAGCCAGUCCGUCCCUUUGGUGUCACUGACAUGCUUUCUUCAGACAGCCGAGAAUGUGAUGGAGUUCCUUCAGUUUCACUUAAACCCGAAACAGUUAGCUUUUCUUUGCAUGCAGCUUGUGCUUAAGUGAGUCAAUUAAAUGUGCAAGGUUUUAUUUGAAAGCACAAAAUGAUUUGCUUUGUGUUUUGUCUCCAAAAUGACUUUAGUAUUUUUCUCUGUAAAGCCUAUUUGUAGUCUCUGAAGGCUGUGUUCAGAUAGAAAGCUGCCGUGUGGGGUGAGGGCAGGCAACAGCAUUGUCAGGGCAUUCUGUAGAGCAGCAGGUCUGUGGCCAGAAUCAGCUGUGGAGAACAGCUUCAAGCAAGUUAAACAGAUUGCUCCACAGGACUUCUCCAAGUCUUUAGUGUGGAUACGUAGGAUUAUUAAGUAAAAUUACAGACCACUAUAUAUAAUUGGCCAUAUCUUCUGUUCCAAGAACUCCUAGAGUAAACAACUGAAGAUAUUUUGUGAACUGACUUUAAGAGAAGAUUGUUUUGAAGCUGAAUUGAGGAUUUAAAAACAUUUUUUUCAAUAGUUGAGUUUAUUAUUUAGAAUUUUGAAAAUAGAUAAAUGGGCAUUGGUGAAAUAAAUUUUUAUGAGAAGCUUUUUCUGUAACCAUUAGGAAAAUAACUUUUGUAAGGAAAAGGUUACAAAUUAAUUUUUUCACAUUAAUGAAUUCAUUUAAGGAAAAGAGAAUUGAUAUCUUUUGUAAAGUCAUCAAAUCCCAACAAACAUGAGAAUAGAAAUCCUGUAAAGCUAUGGAAGUGAAUUGAAAGGCUGUUUGCAGGCUGCUCCCUUACCUCUGAACCUCUUACAGAAGGUUGAACUUCCUUCUGACUUCCACUCCAUCUUUUAUGUUAGAACUAAAUUGCAGUUGGUGAACUUCAUACCUAAAGACAUGUUUUUCUUCCAUCAAAAUCUGUGCAAAAAAGUAUUCUUCUGUAAGCUGGAAUCAUUUUAUUAACAUAUUUUGAAUAUUUUAAACUUGUCUUACUGAAAGUUGUUCAAAGUUAUAAUAAAACAUGUUAUCAUAAUUAGCUUUAUACAAGUAACAGAAGAUUUUAAUUAGAUUUUAAAAGUCUUUAGACAUUCAGUGUUUUGAGCACCUAGUACAUAGUAUAGGACCAGAUAUACACCAUCUUCCUGCUUCACAGUGUGUUGGGAAACAACAGUCAUUGGCUUCACAAAUGAGUACCAGCCAUGAAAAAGUGUGUCUAAAGAGUAAUCUCGGGGUCUCAGGUUAGAGACUUCCUGAAGGGGUAACAUUUGAACCACUGGUAGUAGUUUAGAAGAGGAAAAGUAAAGUCUGAAGUAGAAAGACAGAUGCUUUGGCUUAAAAUGAUAAUUGCUUCACUGAUAAAGCAUGUACUGAAUGCUAGACAUUGUGUAGAGCAUUUUAGAUAAAUGAAUGCACUUCCUUAAUGAUCUUAGGAGAUUCGUGUACUGCUAGUACUUCCAGUUUGUGAGACAGAUAGGUCCCCAAGAAAGUCUCUUGAAUUCACAGCGUUAAACAAAGUUGCUAGGUUAACCUGUACUUGAUAAAAUUAGGUACAAAUAAGAUACUAGUGAUUUUCUAGAGAUGUACUGUGGUAGAGUCUUGAUCUCUGAAGUGGGAUGUAAGGGGCUGCUCUGAAUAUGCUGUUUUUAAAUCAUGUGUAAACAUUUGUAUAGUUUCUUAGAAUGCCUUGUGCAAGUUAAUCAUGCAGGGCCUUGUGGCCAUGUUCAAGAUCUUGAUCAUUACUGUGAAAAGUUACAGAAGCAUUUCAGACAUGAGUAACACAAUCAAAUGUGCAUGCAGAAAAGAGCGUGUAUUAAUGAAAAUGGGACCAGAAUGAAAGCAGUCUUGUCAUGCAACUGUGUUCUCAAGGUGAGGCAUGGAAUAAUACAUCUGUGUGGUAGGAAUGUUGGAAAGACACAGUGGCCCCAUUCAAGUGUUCCUGUUAGGAACGUGCAACAAGAACUCGAAAGGCUGUUCUUUAUCCCAAUCAGAAAAGAUUCAAAGGCCACACAAGCAUAUACUGCUUAAAAUAGAAAAAGUGAUUAAUGUUAGACAUUACUAACCUAAGUGGUAAAAGCCAAAUCAUUCCUAAAACUUGAGACACUACCAAAGAGAUAAAGAGCAUUAAUUUUUUAGACAAAGCUUUCUAUUUUUAAGUACAAACCUCAUGAAAAGAAGGUGUAAAAUUAGAAUUAAAUACCAACGCUCCUUCACAGAAAAAGACUAGAUGGGUUUAAUUUGAGAGCAACUCAUGCUUGAUCUAGUUAUGCAAGAUCUCCAAACUCUCCGCUACCCAAGUGCUUGCAUAGUUCUCUGCCCUGACUUGGCGCUCCCUGUCCUCUUCUGUCAGCUGACGGCCCAAGGAAAGAACAGGCAAAGGAAACAAAAUAGGACUUAGUGGAGCAGAUCUAAGUAUUGGGAAUUUAGGUGGAAAAUAGGGAAGAAUUUGCAUAUUGGAAGAAAAGAUGGUAAGUGGCAGUCUAAUAUAUGGCUAAUAUAAGGAUUUCCUUAUUUUAACCUCUGAAAUAAGACUGUAUCUUAUCAAAUAAAUUUGACUUUGUCUCAAAAUUAAUGGAAAUCAUAAACGUAAGUUGCCAAGCCUGGUCCCUGACUCAAGUGUGUAGUACAGUCUACAAAUUUACAACCCUAACAGAUUAUAGGCAAGAGCACACUUGAGGACCACUGGUACGCAUGACUUCUUAGUGACGUUGCAGUCAGCUGUGGAAGGCUUGAUGCACCAAGCAUCCCCACACUGGCUUGCUGAAGUACUGUAUGAUCUUGUCUUCUCCUACCUGUGUUUUAUACCUGAACUGAGACAUGUAAUUAAAGUUUUGAUUUUUUUUAUUA